GUACUGUAGCCCCGCACACUGAACCUAUUUUGAGGAUAUACGGAGCGCAUGCGUGUGAGAGAGCGUGUUUAUAGAUCUCUGCUCACAAUCAGCAGCAAACAUGAUCAACUGGCGGGCUUUGGAAAACGUUCCUUUGCUGCUGUACAUUCUGGCGGCGAAGACGGUGCUGUUGUGUCUGGCCUUUGCUGGAGCUAAAAUAUAUCAGCAGAGGAAGGCAGAAGCAGCUCUGAAGCAGCAAAUGGAGAUGAAGAGGAGGCUUGCUCAGCAAACGCAGGAACUCCUCGACAAUAAGAAGGACGACUGAACACCUGGGGGCACCAGAGAACACGAGCACAGGAUGAACACUCUCUUGUGUGCCAUAAAAAAAGAAGUGGUUCCAAAGCUGUUGGAGACUCUCCUGAAGAGGCUGAACUAUUUUACUGCUUCUCCUCCUGGAUCUGAGCUAAUCACUGUAGUUUACUGCAUUUUGUAAUGUUGUAUUUAAUACUAUUUAAUACAUGGCCUUUGUAAAUAAAAGGAUUUUUUAAUAUUG